GGAGAAGGUCGGGCCCCUUCGCCUGACGCUGCAAAUCUUGCCCACUUUUGUUGUAUAGUCCCUCUCCCACCCCACUUCCUUUCCCGUCUCCUGCCCAGCUCCCAGAGCCCACCAUGAAUCCGCAGGCGGUUUUGGGAUCCGUUUGCCUGCUUUGCUUUUCCUUCGGGAGCACAGCAAAAGGGGAUUUGCAGCUGCUUUCUUUCCAGCCCGGGACCCUGUAUCAGUACCGUUACUCCCUGGACAUCCAGUUGGACCACGCGUCCCUCCGGGGAGCCUGGCUGAGGGCUGAGGCCUUGGUCCAGCUGCACCCGCUCUGGAGGGACCAAGGUGGGGAAGAGCUGCUCCAGGUGCAGAUCCGCGAUCUGAAAGCCCAACGUGAGCCAGAAGAGGAGAGGAGCCAGGACAGCACUGAGGGUCCCCCUGCAGAGAUUGCACUGAGCCAGGAGGCACAGGCAGAGCUCCAGCAGCCCGUGUUCAUCUCCUGGAGUAGCGGGAAGGUCAAAGCCUUCUACGGGACCGAAGCCGAAAGCGUCCUGAUUUCAAACCUGAAGAGAGGCAUCAUCAGUCUGCUCCAGCUCCAGCCCCACGCCGGCACUGCAGUGGAGGAGGACGUCUCCGGGAGCUGCCAAGUCACGUACACUGUGUCCAACCAUUCCAUCACGAAGACAAAAAAUCUCCUCAGCUGCACAAAGCCAGAGUCUGGAUUCACCUCCGUAAACAAAAUUUUUGGAGUUGAGUGGCAGCCCACCAGCAGAAGCCACUACGUGGUGAAAGACAACCUCCUCCAGUCAGUGCUGUCAGAGGAAAGGCAUGUGGUGUCUCCAACCCUGAGGUCCACCACCGGCAUCAAAAUCAGUUCAAGGCAGCAGCUCCAGCUAGUGUCCCCUCCAAUGCCCGGCCCAACAGAGGUGGCUGGGCAAAGCCUUGAGGACGCACUGGCUGGCACGGAGGGACGGCACCAGCCCCUGGGCAUGGCCAGCCUGCCCUUCAGGAGGGUCUGCACCCGCUGCCCAUCGCUGAGAGCCUACCUGAAGGCUUUUGACAGGCAGGGAGUCAAAACGGACACCUCGAAGGCAGCAACCACAUGGGAGUUCCAGAGGUUCAUCCAGAUGCUGCGCAGCGCCAAGAAGAAAGAUGUUCUGCAGUUGCUGAGGAGAGCGCCCAAGGCAAUGCUCCCCUUUGUCGUGGAGGCAGCAGUAGCCGCACAGUCAAUGGCUUCCUUGGCAGCUCUCUCCGACUUUCUGGAUUUCAACAAGGAGCCCAAAUCCCUGCCAGAGAAGUUUCUCUAUGCAGCUGCUUUCUCUCCCCGGCCUUCAGGAGAGCUUCUCCGCCUGGUCUUGGACAAGCUGGAUGGGAAGCAGCUGGCCCCUGAGGUCCAGGAGACAGGGAUAGUUGCUGUGGGCUCCCUUGUCGGCAAGCUGUGCCAGCAGAAGCUGUGUGGGCUGCAGGAGGUGGAGCGUGGAGUGGAAGCCAUCCUCACGGGGCUGAGGGGCACCGAGGAGGACUCCAAGGUGGUCAUUUACCUGCUGGCCCUGGGGAACGCGGUGCUCCCCGAAACCAUCCCCACCCUCCUGGACCACGCCGAGGAGGGUCCUGCCACCAUCACUGCUGCUGCCAUCUCUGCCCUGCGACGAUUCCCCGCUCAGUACAUCUCUGACAAGGUGAAACAAGCAAUGAGGAGGAUUUUCCAUGAGAAAAGGAAAAGCUAUGAAAAAACAUGUCGCCUGGCCGCUGCAGAAAUCCUCCUAGAUAACGAGCCCUUGCCCAUGGAUGUCAUCAACAUCCUGCUGGCUGCCAAUGAGCUGGAGACAGAAACAGCAACAUUUUUGCUGCUGAAGAUCCAGAACAGCCUGAGUGCUGACCACCACCCAGCAAGGAAAAUAAUGAAAGACAUCAUGAGAGACCCACGGAUAAAUAAUUACAACUUCUUCUCGAAAGCCGGCAUCUCCUCUUCUUUCUCAGGACCUCUGACAGUCACCCAGGACCUGCUCUCCACCUUCGGGCUGGACCUGCUGUUUUUGGAGGGUGGCUUCCUGAGGAAGAGCGUCUCUGACUUCUCGCUGCUCAGCCGCGGCCGGCGGCUUUGCGCAGCUCAGGUCGCUAUUGAAGCACAAGGGAUGGAGUCGAUGGUGGGAGAAAACGUCUUGGAAGGAGAAGAGGAGCCAGAGCUCACGGCUGGGAUGUCUGCCAUCUUCCUCAAUGUUCAGUUGCGGCCGAUUGUCUUCUUCCAGGGAUAUACAGAUUUAAUGGCCAAGGUCCUGUUAAGCAGCGGAGAACCCACAAGCGUGGUCAAAGGGAACCUCCUGCUGAUGGACCAUCACCAGGUCAUUCCUCUGCAGUCUGGUCUCCAAGUGACCAUCAAACUCCAGGGCGGGCUGGGGCUUGACAUUUCAGCCGACAUGGACGUGAGCAUUUGGGAGCAGGAACUGAAAACCAGCAUCAACGCAAGGGGAAGCCUCGCCAUUGAUUUCCAGACAGAACUAGAUGCCCCUUUCCUCCAAGCCACCCUGAGAAGCCAGACAGAGGUGGAGACCUCCAUCCACUUUGACACCAUGCUGAGGUUUUCUGGCAGCCCGGUGCUCAUGUGCCUGCAGCUGAGAGAGGAGCAGGUCCCAUACAGAGAAAUCUUCACGGUUUCCAAGUCUGCUGGGAGCCAGAGCAGCACUACUCGAAAAGGCAGGCAGGGCACCAUGCCUGGGCGAGAGUUUGCCUUGCACCGGGCCAACUCCAAGGUCUGCAACCUCCUGCUGACGGCAGAAGAAUAAGGGAGUUGGAGCUCUUUGGGACUGGAUAACUACUUGCCACACACCCCAGCUCUCUGUGAACCCGACAUGAGCUGUCAAGGGCUCUGCCCAACUCCUCCACAACCGUCUUUUAAUAAGAAAAAUGCUGCAAUACAGGCAUCAGAAGAGACCACAAGAGGAACUGCUACAGGACAGCCAGAGUUACCCCUUGCCUGGGGCUGGAGGAGCCAGACCUGUCCUCCUGAAAUUUCUGCCUGAACUCUUUCCCUUCAUGGGGAAGGGCUUGCUGGAGGCCAAACUGGUCCUUGUGAAAACCAGCCUUCUUUUGCGAAUGAAUGAGCCCAAGAAACACUUGUGCAAGCCUAUACCCCAAAAUGCUGCAUUUUUUCCCCAUUUAUUGAAGCAAUCAGGAGGGAGCAUAUCUUCAGCCAGCAGGGAAGAGGGUUCCCCUUGGAGGGAAUGAAUGACCCUCCUUUAAUGCACAGUUUUUCAGCUGCCAAAUUGUCCAGGAACAUGGGAAAAAUUAUUUCUGGAAGAGGUGUGGGGGUUUUAAAUUAUUUUUUUUUAAUUCAACCACAUAAACAUUCACCCCAGAAUAAUCCUCAGGGAGAAAGGCAGAGAAGCAAGAUGAAAUGCUUCAUAACCUGUUGCCAAUUAUUUUAUGUUCUUUCAGGAACAAUUGAAGGUGUUUGCAUUUAUUUGCAUACAAAGGCAACUCAGCUCACUCACAGCUUGGUACCAUCCUUUUACUCCUGGGGAAAAAUUUGCAUUCUGUUGCCAGGGCCUGGCUGGUGCCACAUCAGGCAGCAAGGGUGAGGCUGGCGGGGGGGAACAGCUUGUAUUGCAGUGGGGGUCAGAUUCACACUCAGAGGGGGGAAAAAAAAAAAUAUAUAUAUAUAUAUUUAUAGAAAGGAGCAAGGCAGAGGAACGUGGCCCACUGAGCUUUCCCCAAAAUUGGGGAAAUUAAGGCAAAGUUAAAACAGAUCAGGGCAGAUGUAGCAAAUAGCAAGAGACCCUUCUAAAGCAUAUGGACCAGCAGUCUCAGUCCUCAUCUUGAGACAGGGGCAAUUGUCUCGAGGAUGGAGCUUAAUGUGGAAAAAAAUGGGGGAGACCCACCGGCUGCUGGGGGAGGCUGGAAGGAGAUGGGGGGGCUCAAGCAGGGACUGGCUGAAGGACAAAAGGAAGAGACAUUGGUGUCUCGAAGACAUUAAAGCGUCUCAGCUCAGCUCUGCAUAUCCCCUCAUGACGUUGAUCCUCGGCGACUGCUUCCUGCUCUCGUGUCUACACUUGACUUUUUUCCACACAUUUUUCCCUCUAAGACAGGCUGGGCUGCAAGAAUCAUCCAGGGUCAUAAAAAACAGCUCGUAAUUAGAAGCUGCAAGAGCACAAACAUUUUAGCGUUUGCAAAGAGUGGAUUGAAAAGUUGGCUUGAGAUUACCAGGACUCCCAGCAUGGGUUAAAGACACUGGAAAUAGAGAAAUCACUCUUCUAACAGGAGUGGCACACAAAACUGGAUCUGCAGUCAGCAGCGCUCAGCUGGGGAACCAGAUGAUUUCAAACCACAGUCACAAGCUGCCAAGGUGUUCAGAAAGUUCUCAGUCCUUUGGGCAUUAUUUUUUUAAAUGAGCUAAUUGGUGGUUCGGUCCAUCCUAUAGGACCAAUAUGGAUGCUGGUUGCCAUGGAGGGCAAGAGAUCAUGUUUGACUGACUGUGAUCCUUUCUGGAUUUGAGAAUCUAUCACAGAGAGCUUCGACAAACAUUACAAAGCUGUUACUUCAGGUAAACUUCCUUCGGAGUGGACAUUAUUCAACCCAAACUGGAAAAGUUAAGUAGUGGGGUCACACCUCCAUCCCGUCGCCUUCCUGCUCUUUAUAGAAGCCAGCGCAUAGUAGAUGUGCCUUUUGUUGAUGCAUGCAGAUUCAAACCCCAUCUAUUAAGAGGUGACUUCUGCCUAGAGCUUCUCAUCUUCCUUUUUGAUCCAAAGUUUACAUAUUAAUGGAGAAGCCUCUGGCCUCUCUUAUCGCCUGAACAGCAGUUCCCCUUCUCUUUUAAUCAAGGCAGCAGAUGGAAAUAAGAUUGCCUCAACCCUACAUGCAGGAAGGCAGCGUUCCAGCAACAAAGGAAUACAGCAGCUUCCCUUUUCUGCUGAUAUUUGGGCUCUUUUGGUGACUGUUUGUGAAAAUUACAAUUAGCUUCAAGUAAAUACUGUUCUUCUGUUUUGCAUUCUCCUCUCAAGUUGGAUUGUUAUCAGCCACAACCACCAAACACCUCUCCAGCACUGGAGGGAAGCUCGCAAAGGAAAAACAGUAUUUCUUAAUUACUUCCCGAUAAAAAUGUGCCUUUGGUAUAUUUUUAGCCCUUUUUUUUUUUUUUUUUUAUUAUAGAACAUGAU